CGCCCCCAGCAUGGAUACAACCAGCAGGAACAGGCGCUCAGGAGACACACUCACUAUGCUGGAGAGUGUUUGAAGCAGCGAUGGGAGUUAACACAUCCAAGUUUCUAGAGUUCCUGUUACCAUCGCCGUUGCACUAAACAAAGACUUUGUGUUUUUCUCUCUCGCGCUCUCUCUCUGAAGGGGCUCGUGCGCAUUUUUGUCCGAGGCGUUUCUGUCACAGGAUGUUGAUGAUAUUGGAAAGCCGGGUAAGAUCAUAAAGUCAGGUCUCUCUGAUGAGAACGACCUCCUCCCUCAACACCACACAAAGGGAACCACGGAACAAGUACUUUUAUUUUUUAUUUUUCUUCACACGCCAUCAUUUUUCUUUUUUGAAUGUCAUUAAGAAGCAGAGGGAGCUGUUUCAAAGACAAAAUGGAUCACUUUGCAGCAGAGUGCCUUGUCUCAAUGUCCAGUCGUGCAAUUGUUCACGCUCCAAAAGGGAAUAGAGAGAUUAAACCAGAAAUCCCGUCCUCUUCCAAGAACGGAGAGGAAAUUAAAGAGCCUUUGGUAAAAGACAACUCCUCUCUCUUUGUGGUCGCGCGGAUUCUGGCGGAUUUUAACCAGCAGACUCCCAACAAUGUUGCCGAGCAGGCAAAAAUAAAGGAUGACAGCAUGACUAACCUCAUAGAUGAUGGAAACUCUGCCACACCUACCACCAUCUCCGAUCCUUCGCUCAAACAAAGAGGCAAAAGAUCGAGAGGUCGAACUGAGCAAGAAUCACCUCAGAAAAAGCACAAAUGCCACUAUUCAGGUUGUGAAAAAGUUUAUGGCAAAUCAUCCCACCUCAAAGCCCAUCUAAGGACACACACAGGAGAGCGUCCUUUCCCGUGUACCUGGCCGGACUGCAGUAAGAAGUUUGCCCGCUCAGACGAGCUUGCCCGCCACUACCGCACCCACACAGGGGAGAAGAAGUUCGGCUGCCCACUUUGUGACAAGCGAUUCAUGCGUAGCGACCACCUGAUGAAGCACGCCAGGCGCCACUCAGACUUCCAGCCCGGCAUGCUGAAGAGGCCCCACGGCAGCAGCGGCGGCGGAACCACACGUCCCAGCUCCCUCAGUGACUACAGCCGCUCAGAUGCCUCCAGCCCCACCCUCAGCCCCGCCCUCAGCCCAGCCAACUCGCCUUAAACUGAAACCCAGUCGCACUUUCCGCCUCCGACCUGCGAGGCCUGUGUUUUCGUCAUAACACUUGUGUUGCACAGUUGUCAGCGAACCCCCCCUUGCUAUUCCUGCGCUUGCUGUGGUGUACCAUAAUGUACAUAACUGCUUAUUGUAGUGCAAUUACUUGUGUGAUCCUAAAAGAAGGUAAUAUCUUUCCCAGAUGGCAAUAUUUGCAUCCUGUACCAUACGUCUGUAUUUUUUAGCUUCUGAUCAUGGCUAGUUGUCCAAUGUAUGUUUGCAGUCAGCUAAACAAGGUUUAGAAGAGAAAAAACAGACACCCUGACAAGUCUUAUCAUUUUUUUUUUUGUUUCUUAGUUUUGGUUUAUUUAUCUUAUUUUAAGUUUUAGAACAGGCGUGGAGAAGGGGUACACACACACCUCAGGAUUGAAGACAGUUGCUCUUUCUGUAAUACCACAGUACUUAGUAGUACUCACAUCGACUGCACAAUAUACUCAUCACUUUACUCUGAAAUUCAACAGGGGUUGAAUUUUACGCCCUGCUCAGGGAUGGCCUUGUUAGCUUGAAAGAAUGAACACGGUGGAGAGAAACAUACAGUACAUAUAUAGCAGCCUUACACUCAACACAAUUUGCACUCUUUGUUUUUGUUGGUUUCACGUUUGAGGAAACUAGCCCGACGGUCAUACAGUCAGUCAUACACAAUACUCUUUUUCUGUUCUGCCUCGUGUUCCGGGGAUUUAUGUCUAAUGUAAUUGCUGUGUGUUAAGAAAUGAUCCCCGAACCCUCACCUCAGUCAACAAAACACAUCUGUUCCUCCACAGCAAUGGUAAUAUUUAUUUACCAUUAUACUGAGUUGAGUUUGUAUUUCAUUAAACAGUGGUGUGCAGGGUAUACUGUGUGAAUCUGCACUGUGGGAGGAUCGAGAUAUUAUUGGGUUAACAGUUUUUAUAAAUAUACUCAGUCGAAGAAACUUUAGAACCUUUAAAUAGAGACAGUUAAGUUUCAAAGCAGCUGUUCACGCUUUAAGAAGUGGUGCAUCAUCAGCUAGUAGUUCACACAAAUGGACACAAAGGGACUUUAGUUGAAACAAUGUUUAUCCCUCUCUCAAGCACAUAGGAAAAAGUACCAAAGACAAGAGUGAAUGAAAGCUUUCUAUUCAGUCUUGUAAGCUGCCCUUCAUUGAGGCCUGAGGCUGGUGGUUGGCAGUAUCGCAGGUAGAGCCAGACAGCCUGCUCUCUUCCCUCCUCCUGGCUCAGCCUUUUGUGGCCUCCCUAGAGGAAACAGCUGCAUCCCACAAGAAGCUAUUCACAGCCCACAGGAGGAGUGGUAACAUGCCAUUCCCGGGGAGUCCUUUCUCACCCAUCUGGCUCUACCUGUCUUGUCAGAGAAUGAGUCCUGUGGUGAACCCUCGGCGCCUGCCAAAUUGCAGAAUGUUGCCUAACUUGGGGGUCAAAUGUAGGCCACAGCGUUGGGCAGAGCGAGGCCGGGCUGCGACACGGUAGAGCACAGAGGGAACAAAGCAGCUAUCUGCACUAGACAGGCAAGAGAGGGCAAGUCCUGAUAAAAGAGGAGAGGUUUAUCAUGAGCUGAGCAGCACAGAGGAGGAGACACUCAGUCGCAGGCGCCCCCUUCUCCUCCUCCAUCCCAACUCCCUUCCUCCCUUCAACUGUAGAACUGUGAGUGGAAAAAAUGCCUGUAAUUAGUGGGUUGAUCCAACCUACAAUAUGCGUGUAGAAAGAGAAUGAACAACAGUACUACCUAGACGAUGUUAGCAGAGUGAGUGGGAUGUACCCAACUCCAUCCGAAGCACAGGGAGAAAUCCUCUACUACUGCUGGAGAGUCAAAUUUCACAACGCCGAGGAAAACUCCAAAUUAAUUCUGAUAAGUCCAAGCUCUCAAACAGCUGCUUUAAAACUUCUCUCUCGCAACAAGGGGGCUUUUAAACUGUUGUAUAAACAUCUGAACCAAAAUGAACAUAUCAGCAAAGUGCAGUGCUCACCAGCCUCACGUCAUCCUGCCUGUGAAGCUCAGAUGUCCCGUGAGAAAGCUGACUUGUGUUUCUAGACAGACAUGCCUCAAUAAGUCAGGCAAAAGGCACAGUAAAACCUUCCAUGGAAACGGGCACCACUAUCAAAACUGCUGCAGCCCCGCUAGUCUGUGUUAUGCCUACGUUUUCUUUUAAUGCUUCAGCACUACGGUCGGAAAUAGUUUCAUCCAUGCACCAUCCACAUUGUCGCUGUCAUGGAUUGCAUGUGCUAGCUUCGACCGCCCCGACCCUCACCGCACAGUCUCGUGCUUCACACUAUAUGCAUGUUAACAACUUCGCCCUGAAUGCUUAGAGGGUUUUUGAGGCGCUCAAGCAGGUGGAAGUUCAUGAAUGGCAGGCCUUGUCCUUCGUUCUCCACAGCAGCCAUCUCUCUUUAAAGUUGUGAAGAAUCCGCUCUGUCACAUCCUCCAGAAAGAAAACAUCCCUUAUUUAGAUCAAAUGCAGUAGUUUCCUCAAAAUGCCACAUGUUAAAAACCCAACCCUCUGUAAGAUGAACUCUGUUAAAAUAGUUUCCAGGCUGCAAGAUGACACUUUGAAUGCCACAGAUCAGCAGCUCUCAGUGAAAGACACACUGAGAGGAUCAUACAUUUACCAUUUCUGAAAAAAAAAAGAACUUUGAUUUUGACAAACAAACUCCUCAAAUCGCUGUUGAGCAGCUUCUUUUGUGGUAUCUAUCCAUGACUUUUUGUUGUAGUCAAUUUCUGACUUGGUUUGUAGUGUAAUUUUCUCCUGCAAAAAAAAAAAAAAAAAUCUUUGUAGCUUACCCUCAAGUAGGUUUCAGUAAUCACUUUGAAUCCAUAAUCUGCACAUUUACCUCAGGGUUAACAUCCGCAAAGCAGAUACGGGACAGUUUGUGGAUUUUUUGUUGUUGUAUGCUAACAUCAGUUGCUGCACAAAAAUAUUUGCCAGCCUCUCUGGUGUUCCUGGGUGCUUCGUGCUCACUGCUGGUCAGUGUCCGACCACACUGGAAACACAGGAACGCCUCUGUAUGGGCCCAGCUCCUACCUUGUCUCCAUAACAACCUAAGUCUAAGCCUUAGUAAGCGCUGGGCACUCUGGAGCUGAUUUCAGCGAAAUGCCCCUUUAACAAGCAGACGUACAAUAGGCAAAACGAAGCUCCUACAACCUGAUGAUAAUAUGACUGUAACAGUGCAAACAUCCCAGUCGAUCCAUCCAUCCAGACUUCACCAGUGACAUACAGGCCUCCACAGGAAGCGUCUCAUAACUUAUACUCUCACUGUACCAAAUCUACUUGAAUAAUUCAACACAAAAGGCCAUUGAACACAGUUUUGUACAUGUCCAUUUUUACUGUACUUGCUUUUGUUGUCAAAUAAUAAUGAUACACUUAACCUCUCUGAAGAAAAGUGUACUAUAAUCUGAUCUUUUGUUAAGUUUGUUUAUGAUUUUCUUUUCGAGGUUCUUUUCUUGUCUUCAGGUCAUUUCAGCAGUUCUUUUGAACCGAACACAGCAUUUAGACUAUUUUUAUCGAGCUGUUUAAAGGCACCAUUUAAUCCCAUCACUUUAGCCCUGUUUGGGGUUCACCCCUUUAAUCACAAAUGCUUAAUACUCUGAUGUCAGGAUGCAGGUUAAUGCAGUUAGCCUGCCAUCCACAGUUCUCCUAAAAAAGAGUUCGGGGGGUAUCUGGUGAGACGAGAAAAAACUAAAACUUUCUGACCUCUAUGUUUGUCAGUUUCAGAUGGAAUAAUUAAUUUUCUUAAUUUAGAUUCUUUUGAACGUUUUCCAUAAGAAUAGAGACCACAGCAUUGUGAGUUAGCAAUGUAGUCAUAAUUUUUAUUAUUGCUUUUUUGCCUCAUAUGAAAUGUUGAAGCUUGUAUAUUUUUCAAAAUCAUACCUCUUGAAAUAUUUUGCUUAUGUUGUACCUUCAUAUCUUUUAAGAAACAUCCAUCAUGUAGCUUACUAGACGAGUAGCACAAAUGUGCUCAUGAUUUUAUUUGUCCCUACUUGAAUGAAAACAAAAGGAAAGAGACACUUUUUUUUCUGUAAAAGAAAACACUGGGCUACAUUUUAUAUUCUUCAUCCCGUGUUGUCAGGGUCCUGCACAUCCUUGUAGAUCUUUUCAGGACAUAAUGAAAUCUUAUUUUUGUUAUUUUUACCGAGCUCUCAUAUUUUUGUUGGUUAAAGCAUUUUCUCUGUGAGGGAUGAUGUCAAUUGUAAAUUACUAUGAAACUUCAUGUCAGCAUUUAUAAUCCAACCUUAAAACCGUUAUCCCAGUUAGAUUACAGGCAAAGAAACCACACAAAGACAAGUGUACCAGUGAAUAUUGUUUUCUCUGAAUUAUAAAACAUGUUUAAUGGAAUUGAUUGUUGCUUGGUAUGUUAAGAACUAACAUUAAUCUUAUUUAAAAGCUUUUCAUUAAUUACAUGAAUAUAUCACUGAUCAACUGAAAUAUUCAGAAGGACGGAUCUCAACAUAUGAACAUGGUCGAUGCAAUUGUGUGCCAAAACUAUAAUGGUAACUACAUGAUAAAGAUGUUGAGGGUAAACGAACCUAUCUAUUAUCAAACAUUUAACGAACUUGUACAGUUUUAUAUAAAGUGUGACAUGUUUUUAUGUUAUGUACAGGAUUUAAUGAAGCAACUCUGCAUAUAUGAUAUGCAAGUGUUCUAAGUUUAAUAUUUCUUUUCUGCUUCAUGUAAACAUUUUGAUUGUGUAGCUUUGUUUUCAUUUGGUUCUUGUUAUUUAAUUUUUUUUUCUUCUUUUUUUGCUGUACAAUACACAAGCAAUGUAUAAUGGCUUAUUGCAGGUAUUUUGACUUAAACAAUCUUAAUUAUAAUGAACGCCCAACCAUUCCAAAGGAUUGAAAUUGCAUUUGCUAUAAAUGUGCUGCUUACAUCGAUCCGAUGCAUUUUUGUGGGUUUUGAAUAGAACUCUUGUCUUGACUGUGAGGUUUUACACAUUGUGAGUUGUGCACAAGGUACGUUUCUCAUUGUCGACAUUUCCCAGGUUAAACCUCUCCUUAUUUCUCUGCAGGCUCUUUGUGCAAGCUAAGCCAACUCAACUGAACAACGUACAUGCAAUAGUCAAAGGUUAAGGACAUACAGAGCAUGUCUUCCCUCAUGACGAAGGCCAAAGGCUUUUAAAGUAUGGGGACAGUUACUUGUGUUUAAGAGGCAGCCCGAAUAGGAUCGAGUGGUUCUUGAGCAGUGAACAGGGAGCUGUAUGAGUCUGAAGCUCCACAGAUUCAAGUUGUUACCAAAGGCUUUGAAGGGGAAGAUGAAUGUCGCAGUAAUUUUGAACCAUGCGUUCGAUUUUACAUGCUGUAAGUGUUGAACAGUGGAUGUUUUGCUUGAUAUGGACCUUUUUCUACAUCUCAGAAAAGUGACUUAGGUAUUUUUUUCUUUCUUUUUUUUAAUCACUUGAAUGAACAAACCCCAUGUAAUCAUAGGAGAAAACUAGCUUUGAGUGAGUACAAGGCGAUAAAACAAAACAGACUGAGUGAGCUGGAACAUGCAGCCUGGCAGAUAGCAGGCCACAUCUGGCGGUACUCUUCACUGACCGCGUGGUCUCGCUUCGCUGCCUGAUCUGACACUGUGUGGCGUUUGCUCUUUACUGUAGAAAAGCUUACAAAAGUCUUUUUGCUCAAGCGUUGGGAAAUGUUUGCCCUUAGAGGAUUUAUCUGUUCCAGGUUUUGCAGCACAUGUUGCUGUCAGUGACCUAACUCUGGUUACAAAGAGAGAACCACCAGCUUUUGGUUGUUUCCUGUACCUGUUUGUCCUCAAUGUACCUCCUCAGUGUAAUAUUGCUCUCUUGAUACCUCUGUGUUUCUCCUCUGCCCAUCACCAUCAGUUGCCUGUUGUAGUGACUCCAUGGUGCUGCUUCCCCUCUCAGCACCAGUAUAAUCUAAUCUGUAAAUAACUCUCGACUCAGCUAUGGCCAGUACAUUUUCAUAUGACCUCACUCUAACCUUCAGGUGUCAUUUUAUUCUUCUUUCAGUAAACCAAAAUCACUACAUUCAAGUAUUACAGUUGUACAGUUCCUUGGAUUCUACACACAUUUAAUGUGCUGGUCUUAGCUGCUCUGCUGUACCUUUUUAUGGCAUUAUUUUUUACAUGUUAGACAAUAUAUUGUGACCAUGUCCUAUGCAAAUAUGAAAAUAACAGAUUGUUGAAUAAUGUAUGUUGUCAUAACUUGUAUGCAUGAAAUAGUGAAGUUUACAUUUGGAAAUAAAUUCAUAAAAUAAGCAGC